AUGGUGGCCCCUUCAAGAAUUCUUCUCUCUAAGUGUUUCGAGUUCCGUAGAGCAGGUGAAUUUAUCGACAUUCGCUUAAAAGUGGGUGAUACACUUUUCCCAGCUCACCGAGUUGUACUCGCUUCGUAUAGCGAUUAUUUCCACUCCAUAUUUACUGAUGGGAAGGAAGCGAACCAGGAAGUGAUCGAAAUGAAAGACAAAAGCAUUUCACCAGAGAUGUUCAAGUUUUGAAAUUUCUGGAGCGUCAUUUGCAUGUUAAAUCGUUGUCCUGAUUCUAUCAGCGACAGAGGUCGAUGAUUUUCAUUGAGAAUCGGUCAAUUAGUCAGUCCGCUACUUGAUCAAGAAAGCAAGUUUUUAUCUAUGCACGGGGUAUCUAUAAUGAUUUACAAUAACCCAGAGACUGCAUGUCGUGCUGUCCGUACCGUGAUCGAUUAAGACCAUUUCAAUAAAAAUAUACGUGCGCAACAAAUUAAGAGAGUGUCUCUGUAAGAGCGGUCCGGUCCAUUUUGCUUGAGACACGGAUUUCGCUCGUUUCUCGUGUGUUGUAAGACAUUCAUGUACCUAUACUAAAACCACAAUCAGUUAGAUCGGAUCUCUUUAUUUUUCAGAGUUUUACGGAAAUUAAAUUUCACUCGAGCGAAGGCUUGUCGUGACACUUUUCAAGACUUUAAUUUCAUACAACUUUGGAGGACAAUUUACAAAAAACUACGGAACUCAGCAAAAAACAAAUACCACAGCCAUUUAUAUUAACUCUAUCUUAUCCAUCGAGGCGACUUUCGUAACCAUCACGUGUCAAUAAAGGAAACAGGAAGACUUGAACAACACCUUAUCGGUUCGCCUAAAUCACACACGCCAAAACCGAUCAAAUUCAAGGUAAAUUUUUGAAAAAGUGAGGCGUUCUUAACUGAUCCAACUAACAUAGCUAGGAAGUAGGUGCCAUAGAAAAGGUAACUACAGAAAAAAACUUUGCGGCCCGACCUAUACGAAAACUUUAUAACUCCGUGAACCUACCUAAUUUUCGGCAAUCUCCAAGUUUGGCCGCCAUUUUGAGGGACUUGUCAACAUGAAGCGUAACCGAUAUAAAUCAAGCAGGUAGAUUUAAAACCGUCAGAAAUACAUACGAAAGCAAUUCAAAUGAACUUUACUUUCAAUUUAAGUGGCAAAAUUUGAAAUUGUUCGUUAAACUUACCAUCCCCAUGCGACCAUUUCUUCCAACAAUUCAAACACUACAACUAGUGUUCGAAUUCCCCUCGUCGAUUCCACCGCAAUAAAUAGCCUGUGCUACCCAAGCUUCGACUCGAAUGUGAAGUACGAAUCAAAUAACAUAACUGCUUCAUCUUCGCGGCAAUAUCACGCUGGUAUUUUGAUUUUCCGAUCGACAAGAACGGUGAUCAGAAUCGAUCGGUUUGUUUACCUCAUAGACGUGACCGCUGACCAGCUGCUGAGUGAAAACAGUACGGUUCAGUGGCGAGGGGCGGGGUGAGGGUGGGUGCAGGCAGAUUAUCAGAAGAUUUUUGGGAUCAUUUGAACAUAUGCAUUAAAGUAUCAUGAUAAACAUUAGGAUUCUCAGCCUUAAUGCGAAGGCAUGCUUCGUGUUGCAGACAACUUUUAUUUUACUUAGUAUUCUUUUUUAUUUCAAAUACAUUUCGUUCCAAAUAGGAAUAGCAUCAGUUCAUAGAUUUAAAAACAAAUCUUUACCACGUAAAUAAAUGUGUUUAGAUAAUCGAGAUAACCAUUGAACCUCUUGUAUCGCACCGGAAAUAACGUGUCUUGUCUUUGCACAACUCUGAGAGCGUGGAGCGGCAAAGACGCGAGAUACGAGUCUCGCGUCUCGCGGCUUCUCCAUGCUCACAGGAUACGCGUGACCUCACUAUCUUUAAGAAAAAUAAGAGACUGCUCGAAGUCUGUAUUCCGUUCAACCAUUUCAUAAGAGUGACGCGAGUCUUCAAUUGAGUGAGAAAGUCACAAACCCAUUCUUUACCUCACGAGCGUAACCACUGACCACUCACGAAUUACAAUAGGCUUCUCCUUUGACGCGGAAAUUGAAAUCGUAUCGAAUAUACAAAGUUAUAGUGAGUUCCUUUAGAUCUCCCGAACUUGUAUCGCGUUGGAAACAAUUACAAGUACAGAAGAAGUCGUUCAUUAGGACUCCUUUUUGAAUAGCAAAGAUGGAAAAAACUUUGGUUCAUCGUGUGGCUUAAGUGGUUUGGUACGACUGUCUGAAUGCAAUGACGAAGUAAAACAUCAUUUGAUAAGCUGCCACCUGUCUAAAGAGGUUUUUAAGUGAAAAUGAGCAAAUCUUCGCAAAGAUUGGCCUAUUUCACUUCGCUCAGGAGGAUAAACAAAAAAAUGUGGAUUUGCUAUAGGCAUCGCCACACUCUGGGGAAGUUUUGGAGAAGUGCAAAGGUAACAUGUCAGUAUCCUGACCAUGAUGGUGUCAGGAAGCGUAUCCAAGGCAGAGAUAUAAUUACCUUGCGUAUGUCUCAGGACAUUCAAAAGCUGUUUGGAGUUAUUAUUCCAGUUGAAUCAGGUAGUCUUCAGUAACAUUUUCUGUUAUCUAUUUUUGUCACGUGACAUCUGCUCGAAAAGAGAAGAAAUUCUUUAUUAGAUGAAAGGUACUUAAGUGCACAUCACGUUGAAAAAAAAUAGAUCUAUGUGUAAGUACUUUUAAUUACAGAUGGAAAUAUGUACAAUAUUGCUCGGUUGAUAAUCAAUAAUGUUUUUGUAGAAGAUCAAAUCACCUGACAACGCAAUAUACUUACUCAUGCGAACGGUUCACAAUUAUUUGCGGUCAGUUUUCCUCAGUUUGUAUGAUUCUCAUUAACCAGUAUGAUUAAAUUUGCAGACUAAAACACCCCUUAUUUGAUUAAGAAUAAUAAAAGUAAACAGUGCAUGUCGGUUUUUAAUUCCUGAUGGAUGCUACUGGGCUUUACUUUAAGAAAUUUGCAAUCGCUUACCUCAGCUCUCUGUUUCCCAUGCCGUAAGAAGCACAAGAAAAAAGUUGAUGAUAGUGAGUCUUGGCUGAGACAAGAAGAAUCAGAAAAGAAUCUACGGUCCCUAGAAACGCCACUUUUAAUCACGAGACAACUAAGGUAAAUUGAAUUAAGUGUUAUUUGUUUUAUUUAAAACUAUCGUUCAGAUUAUAAGAUACGCGAAAAACUCUCCCCACCGAAUUUUCUUACAUUCUGUUAAUCUAAAGUUUCAAUAAUCAUAAAGGCUUUCUUGUUGAUCGUCUUAAUAGUAACAGUUUCCAGGAUCCAAGGGGAGCAAAAGAGAGAACAAUUUUCUGUGUAGCUAGGUAAGGCGACAUGCCGGCUUUAUACUUCUUCCGGCGUGAUAACGAUAAGGAUGACAACAAUGGGCAAAAAGCACCGUCCGCUAAUGAUGACGAUUAUCAUAGUUAUUAACAAAUCUCAGUUAUAGUCCUGAAAAAAAUCUCAGGGGGUCCUUUGAAAAAUCCACUUAAUCUCGCCAAAAGUCAAAGUUGCCUACACUCAUUCUAAGGUUUGUGCGAUUUUACGACGAAUUUUCAAUUCCGGUGUGUUGCAUGCGCGACUUUUGAUAGAAAAAACCUGCACGCGCCAUAACUUAAAAGAACGUGUCAGCGGAAUGAAUCAAAUCUCUAUCACUUUGCAUACAUUCUUGGGAACAGAAAAAAUUAUUUAGAGCAAACAUUCUAAGUAUAGUGUUCAUUCCGUGCAAUGGGGCAUAAAUAAAAGGUUCUGGUGGAAAAGACACCUUAUUUUAUACCACUGAUGACAAGCAAAAAGGUUAUAUGGGUACCCCGGUUAAAAAUGUAUUGAUAACUCUAUUUAAUUAAUACCAGUUCUAAUUUAAAGGAGAAAGUUAUGAGAAUAAAAUAAAAGUUGUCUUUACCACUAAGCAUUCCUUCACUGUUUAGACUGAUAGUCUUAGAGUUUUUUGAGCAUGUAUUCGAAUAUCUUAUGACGAUAAGCCCGCCACCCACCCCACCCCGCGCUAUGCUGUUUUCACUUCGCGGCUUGUCAGCGGUCACGUUUAUGAGGUAAAUAAACCGAUCGAUUCCUGAUCACCAUUCUUGUCGAUCGGAAAAUCAAAAUACCAGCGUGAUAUUGCCGCGAAGAUGAAGCAGUUAUGUUGCUUGAUUCGUACUUCACAUUCGAGUCGAGGCUUGGGUGGCACAGGUUAUUUCUUGCGGUGGAAUCGACGAGGGGAAUUCGAACACUAGUUGUAGUGUUUGAAUUGUUGAAUUGAAAGUAAAGUUCAUUUGAAUUGCUUUCGUAUGUAUUUCUGACGGUUUUAAAUCUACCUGCUUGAUUUAUAUCGGUUACGCUUCAUGUUGACAAGUCCCUCAAAAUGGCGGCCAAACUUGGAGAUUGCCGAAAAUUAGGUAAGUUCACAGAGUUAUAAAGUUCUCGUAAAGGUCGGGCCGCAAAAUUUUUUUCUGUAGUUACCUUUUCUAUGGCACCUACUUCCUAGCUAUGUUAGUUGGAUCAGUUAAGAACGCCUCACUUUUUCAAAAAUUUACCUUGAAUUUGAUCGGUUUUGGCGUGUGUGAUUUAAGCGAACCGAUAAGGUGUCAUUCAAGUCUUCCUGUUUCCUUGAUUGACACGUGAUGGUUACGAAAGUCGCCUCGAUAGAUAAGAUAGAGUUAAUAUACAUGGCUCUGGUAUUUGUUUUUUGCUGAGUUCCGUAGUUUUUUGUAAAUUGUCCUCCAAAGUUGUAUGAAAUUAAAGUCUUGAAAAGUGUCACGACAAGCCUUCGCUCGAGGGAAAUUUAAUUUCCGUAAAACUCUGAAAAAUAAAGAGAUCCGAUCUAACUGAUUGUGGUUUUAGUAUAGGUACAUGAAUGUCUUACAACACACGAGAAACGAGCGAAAUCCGUGUCUCAAGCAAAAUCGGCCGGACCGCUCUUACAGAGACACUCUCUUAACCAUCUACUCAAGUAUAUUUUCGGAGUCUUAAAUCGAACACUUCCUUCGCGAAAAAAUUUGAGAAUGUCAGCUGAAGAGAAGAAUUUUCAAAUGAUUGUCUCUUGUUUUAGGUGCUCGUUGCCAUUCAUCCUGUGCACUGUACUUCAAUAUUUCCCGAGGCAUCACAACAUGCAGCGAGCAUCAAGGACGGUGCGUAUAAUCGCAGGUCAGUACAGAGUAUGGCUUACUACUUUGAUGUCGAAGCGAAGCUAUGGGCACCUUUGCCAUUUGUAGCACAAUCAGAUGAAGAAACUAGCUGGUACUUUUGUGCUGAACGCAGUGGAAACUAUUUAUUUGUAGCUAGACAGAAGCAUAACAAUGUUAAUUCCAUAGAGCGAUAUGAUGUGGUAAAUAACUCAUGGGUUGAAUUACCAGAAUACGGAAACAAUCACAAAGUUGACUGCUUGUGUUCCGUUGGUGACUAUCUUUACGCCAUUAGUGAGUCAAAUCCUCCUCAAAGGUACAGUUUGACAAAUAACAGUUGGCAAGGUGGAGUAAGAUUAGAAGUAGAAGAAAGGUGUAAGAAGUUCAGUACUGUAUCAGCAACAGUGAUGAACUCUAAAAUAUAUGUAAUUCAUGGUUAUCAAAGAAAUGAAAGUGGAAUGAGUAACACCCGUUGGGUCAGUGAACCAGCUGUGGUUCAUUGUUUUGACCCCAAAUAUAAUUUGUGGAAAAAACUCGCGUCAACCUGCCAUCUUCAUUUUAAAUCCAGUCUUUUGGUUGUCAAUAACAGACUAUGUGUGGCGGGGGGUUGGGAACAUGAUACGGUUUUUCGUAAACCUGCACUUGUGGAAGUGUACGAUGAAGCUGCUAACACCUGGUCUGUAGUGCCUCAGAAACAUAUUCCCCCAAACAACUUGGGUGCAGUUGAAAUAGAGGGGAGGGUGUAUUUCAUCAUCAACAAAUUUCCAGUUGACAGUGGGAUAAGAAUUCCACCUGAGGAAAUGUAUCAAGUUGACUUAAGUGGUUGGGGAGAUGUAGCUAAAGUCGAAAGAGGAACAGUUUUGUGUUAUUUGCCUGUCAACAUGGCAAACUUGAGCAGAGAAAAAAAUUCAGAUCAAGGAUGA